GGGAGUUCUCCUCCGCGGCAGCAGGAGCCCGGGCCCAGGCUCGCAGCUCCGCGGAGCCCGCAGGAGGAGCCGGCGCGUCCCCUCCGGAGCCGCGCACCCGGCGGGACCUGCCGCGCCCGCGGAGCCAUGGGCCGGCUCCCACGGCUGCUGCUGGGGGUCACCGCACUGGUUAUUGUCUCCUCUUCUGGAUCACAUGAAGAAAAUUCUUCUUCACCAAAUUCACCUCAGAACCUGUCCCAGAUAAAAAACAGGAUGGUGUCAUUGCAUCAGCCUUCUAAACCAGAAAUCUCUUGUAUCAUCGGCUCAAGCUGUUCAUGGGUGACGUCUACAGACAAUUUUGGAAACCCGGACUGGGUGUUAUCUUCACUUGAUGUCCUGGUGUCUCAGGAGAGGCAGCAACUGCUUCUGGAAAACAGUUCCUCCCGUGGGGAUGUUGAAGGGGACAUUUUCCUCCUGAACACCAGUAGGCUCCCAGAUAGAUGUGAGUUCAGCCUGCAUAGCCCCAUCCUGCCUGGGAGCUUGGACUCUUGCUUGCUGGAACUGGCCAUAUAUUCACAGGAUGCUGUUCCUCUCCUCCAGAGGUUCACAGUUGAAAUCAGAUAUGUGGAGACAAACAGAAGUAUAAUAAUUUCUCUGAGAGCUGGCCAUGAGGAGGAUGCCAGGAUGAAAUGGAAAUACCUGAUGGCCCAUAUUGGCCGAAUAGAAAGACCUUUUAAAAUCACCUUGCUGUAUUCAAACUGUGGAGCACAAGAGGUUGAAGUGCUGGCAGUGGGCUCCUUGCAACUCAGGAACUGCUUUCAUGAUAAAGAAAACCAAGAUCUUUCCAUAUAUGAUAAAGGCUCCACCUUCCCCUGCCUUCAUGGAGGCUGUGUCAGCCACCUACAAAUCUGUGAAUUCAUCAGUGAUUGCCCUGCCAAAGAACAGGAAGGACUGAGGUGUGACAGUCUCCCGGAGGGUUCACAUUGCUCUUUUGAAGAGGGUCCAUGUGGCUGGACACUGAAUGAAACUGCAGCAUCUCCUUGGUCUAUUCAGGGUUUUAGUGAAAUGAUUCCACAUGACUCCUUUGUAGGAUCUACCUUGCAAGCCGCUGGUGGACACUUCCUCUAUCUGCGAGCAGACAACACUCAGACGAGGGCUACAGCCAAGGCUUACAGUACCAGCCUGCCAGCCAGUAUUGCCACUGAAGACUACCAGAUCCAAUUCUCAGUGUAUGUUUUUGGCAGCUACAAUGGUACCAUCUCCUUCUCUGUCAGGGAAGAGAUAAAGGGAGCUCCAGUUACUUUGCCAAUGUGGGAAAGAGCAGGGAGCUGGAGUGACCACUGGUUUCUCAUCACCUUACCAAUGCCAGUACUUCAGAACCGGUUUCAGCUGCAACUCCUGGCAACCUGGGGCUGGAAUUCCCACGCUGACAUUGCUAUCGACAAUAUUACAUUUGGACUGGACUGCUUCACUGAGGGAAGACAACCAAAUCAUUUUGGUGGGAAGAGCCAAUACCCACGGGAGAUUAGUAUCCUGGAUGAGCAUCUUCUGAACCCCCUGGAAGAGCCCUCCCUCCCAGAAGACACAUCUAUUGUUCUCUGGUGGUUCACAACCUGUGGUGCCAGUGGUCCACAUGGGCCAACUCAAGCUCAGUGCGACAGUGCCUAUAAGAACAGCAACGUGUCGGUGACAGUGGAGAAAGAGGGCAGGCUCCGAGGAGUGCAAGUCUGGAGAGUACCAGCCACAAACCGAUACCGGAUUUCUGCCUAUGGAGCAGCCGGGGGAAAGGGAGCCAAAAACCACAAUAAGAGGUCCCACGGGGUCUUCAUUUCGGCCACCUUCCAGCUGGAGAAAGAUGAGCUGCUAUACAUCUUAGUGGGGCAGCAGGGGGAGGACGCCUGCCCUGGGAGCAAUCCUGAAACCCAGAAUAUCUGCUUAGGGGAGUCUUCUCUUAUUGAAGAAGAUUACAGAAAAAAAAAGGACCUGAAGGACUGGGCUGGAGGAGGUGGGGGUGGAGGAGGAGCAACCUACAUCUUUAGACAGAAGGAUGGGAUUUUCGAACCUUUGCUCAUCGCAGCAGGAGGAGGAGGAAAAUCCUACCUGAAGGCUCAGGACAGCUCCCUGGUUGACGUACCUCUGGAGCAAUUUGAGAACAGCACUGCAGUACCUGGAGUCAGUGGCAGGACUGGGGCAGCAGGUGGAGGUGGUGGCUGGCAAGAUGAGACUCUCCUUCCUCAGGCUGGAAAGUCACUUCUGGAAGGUGGAGAAGGGGGUCAAGCUUGUCCCCAAGCACUAGCCAAGCUCCAGUGGGACACAUCUGGUGGCUUUGGUGGGGGAGGAGGAGCUUGUACUUCUGGUGGCGGAGGCGGAGGCUACAGAGGAGGACAUGCCUCUGAUAGUGAUGAUAUCACAGCUGGUGGGCAGGAUGGCAUCUCUUUUGUGAACCCCAUUGGAGAGAUCUUCUUGCAUCCCCUGGCAGCCAUGGAAAGUCACGGUGAGGUGGAGGUCCAGAUCUAUCUUAACUGCAGCCACUGCCACUCGGACAACUGUAAGCGGGACCCUGACACGAACCUGCCGGUCUGCCAAUGUGAAAUGGGGGCUGUGCUGGCCAAUGACAAUGUCACCUGCACUGUGCCCCAGGGUCCUAUCCCAGAGGGACACCUGCCUCUCCCACUCCUCCUCGCUGUGGUGGCUGUGAUUGUGGUGCUUGGAAUGAUCCUCACUUGUGGCAGCCUAUCUAUUCUUUAUCACCUUAAGAAGCAGCAACUGGAAGGAGCCAGAGCACGACUGCAGAGCCCAGAAUAUAAACUGAGCAAAAUCCGCACAUCAGCCAUCAUGACAGAUUACAACCCCAACUACUGCUUCGCAGGGAAGGCCGCCACUCUGAGCGAGCUGAAGGAGAUCCCACGGAAGAACAUCUCUCUGCUUCGGGCGCUAGGACAUGGUGCAUUUGGGGAGGUUUAUGAGGGAACUGUGGUAGGCAUUGCAGGGGAUCCCAACCCUCUUCAAGUAGCUAUCAAGACCCUGCCAGAAGUCUGCUCUGAGCAAGAUGAGAUGGAUUUCCUGAUGGAAGCAUUGAUUAUCAGUAAGUUCAAUCACCAAAAUAUCGUGCAGUGCAUCGGUGUUAGCCUGCAGACACUGCCUCGCUUCAUUCUGCUUGAGCUCAUGGCUGGAGGAGAUAUGAAGAGCUUUCUUCGGCAGAAUCGACCCAGGGCGAAUCAACCAUCCACGCUAACAAUGCAGGACCUGCUGAACAUAGCUAGGGACAUUGCCUGUGGCUGCAAAUAUCUGGAAGAGAAUCAUUUCAUCCACAGAGAUAUAGCUGCAAGGAAUUGCCUCUUGACCUGCACUGGAGCAGGACGAAUAGCCAAGAUUGGUGACUUCGGAAUGGCCAGGGAUAUUUACAGAGCAAGUUACUACCGCAAGGGAGGAAGAGCCAUGCUUCCUGUCAAGUGGAUGCCACCAGAAGCUUUUCUAGAGGGCAUUUUCACCUCCAAGACUGAUACCUGGUCCUUUGGUGUGCUUCUUUGGGAAAUUUUCUCUCUAGGCUACAUGCCCUACCCUUGCAAAACCAAUCAGGAAGUGCUGGAAUUUGUCACCAGUGGAGGAAGAAUGGACCCACCAAAAAACUGCCCGGGACCUGUGUACCGGAUCAUGACACAGUGCUGGCAGCACAGCCCAGAGUAUCGGCCAAACUUCUCCACCAUCCUGGAAAGAAUCAAGUAUUGCACACAGGACCCUGAUGUGAUAAACACUGAGCUGCCCAUGGAGUGUAGCCCAUCACCAGAGGAUGAAGGGAGCACAGUCAUGCGCCCAAACAUUUCCAGUGGGAUAGUGCCCCUGCUGGUGAGCCCCUCUCUCACACCCCAGACAACGCCGAGAACACUGGAGUCCCCCCAUGGUGGGCACAAAUUCGUACAGUGUCCACAAGAGCUACUGGUGGAGAACCUGAGCAACCGGACUGCUCGAGGGCCCAGCCUGCCAUGCCUCAGCGAUUUCAACAGUGGGUCCUGGUUCCAGCAGACCUCAAACCAGAAGCUAGAGCUCAGCAAUCCACCAACCCACAGACUUAAAAACAAAACAAAAAAUCUUUGGAACCCAACCUAUGGAUCAUGGGUGCUAGAGAACAUCUGUCACUUCAGCCCCAGCUGCAAGCUCAAAGCAGCUCCAGAGCGGGAAGAUUCAGGCUUUGAUGGGAAUUGCAGUUCUUCUCCCAGCUCUCGGGCAUCUCCAGCAUCUCCAAGUCGAAGCAACUGCCCUCACCUGGAUAUCGGUGGGAUUGAACUGGUGAAACUCCAGAAUUUCCCCUGCGGCAAUGUAAAUUAUGCUUACGAUGACCUGUGCUAUAGCGCUGACCAGCAGCCAUCAGCUUUGUCAGAGGUUAGAGCAGCUGUGCUAAGGAGCUCCAGUCUCCACAGAGAUGAAGAACCUUUUUAUAAAACAGAAAAAACAUCAAGAGAGAGGGACUCUGGUCUGUCUUUGUCAGAUGACCUGAGCGUUACUCCAGUGUAACAGAAAUGGUUCUUCCAAAGAUCAGGGAAUGUGUGUGUCUGGAAGGACUUCUUCCUACUUCACUCACUUCCUCCAUUUAGGUUCCUUCAGAUGGGUGAUGUUUCAACAUCAGCAAUGUUCUUCUUCCUCCUUCUACCUGCCAGAUCCCCAGGUCAUUAAAGACAGUUGCAUUUCUAUCUCUGUCUGUAAAAUGUGUUCCACUGAACCAGCUUAGAGGUGGAGAACAAUGGCAUUGCUGCUCUGAUCCAGAAUACUUCAUAAAAGGACUCCUCCUCAAUCUGCUCAGGUGAAAAGAAAUGGACCUGCCAUCCAACUGCAGCAUUUGGAUGGAAAUAAUGACCAACACAGGUUGUGCUUCUUUCUGACUGAAGAAACCAAAAAUACACACUGUGCCGGCAGCAACUGACUUGCAAAGGCUGCUGUGUUCCUGAGGGCUUUUUACAGUCCUGGUGACUUACUAGUGAUGUUCAUGCACUCUAAGGGAAGUAAGUAAAUAGCAGCUGCAUUUGCAUCUGUUUCAUUAACAGACCCUGUGGAAAAACAUGGAAAAGCAGCUACUGCUUAAAUUGCAAGCAGUAGGAAGGAUGAAAAAAAGAAA